AUGCUCGAUAUGCUGAGCUCGGCAGGCGUCGCUACCGGCGCAUCAGGCGUUUUGGUAGAUGUGAAGGGCACGGGCGGUCUUGGCAGCCUCUUUAGCAUCCUCAUUAACUUCCUUCCGCUCAUUUUCUUCGGCGCAAUCCUGCUGUUCAUGAUGCGUCAGGCGCAGGGCAACAGCAAUCAAACCUUCAGCUUCGGCAAGAGCCGCGCGCGCAUGUUCGUGGGCAAUGGCCCCGCCGUCAGCUUCGAUGAUGUUGCAGGCGUGGAAGAAGCGAAGGAAGAGUUGCAGGAGGUCGUGGAGUUCCUCAAGGUCCCGGAACGCUUCGUCAGCCUUGGCGCGAAGAUUCCCAAGGGCGUGCUCCUGAUUGGUCCUCCGGGCACAGGCAAGACGCUUCUCGCCCGCGCCGUCGCAGGCGAAGCAGGCGUGCCCUUCCUCUCGAUAAGCGGCUCAGAGUUCGUAGAAAUGUUCGUUGGCGUGGGCGCGAGCCGCGUGCGCGAUCUCUUCGAGCAGGCGAAGCGCAACUCUCCCUGCAUCGUCUUCGUGGAUGAGAUAGACGCGGUGGGACGACAUCGAGGCGCCGGACUUGGCGGCGGCCACGACGAGCGCGAGCAGACCCUGAAUCAGAUACUUGUCGAGAUGGACGGCUUCGAUGUCAACACCAACGUCAUCCUCAUAGCUGCCACAAACCGUCCCGACAUUCUCGACCCCGCCCUGUUGCGUCCCGGUCGCUUCGACCGCCGCGUCGUGCUCGACAACCCCGACGUGCGCGGCAGAGAGCAGAUACUGAAUGUCCACUCCAAGGGCAAGCCGCUCGCCGAAGACAUCGACAUGGAGCGCAUCGCCAAGCAGACCAUGGGCUUCAGUGGUGCGACCUCGCAAACCUCGUCAACGAGUCCGCGAUACUAG